ACGAUCAGCAUUACUGAAUGCUCAUGCGUCUUCGACGGGUUUCUUCGUGACACAAGAUUCAUCAUUUGGAAAUCUUAUAUUACCGGUUCUACCUCGUUUUGAAGAUACUAAUUAAUGUAUGGAAAGUGAAUUUUAACAAAACAAAAAAAAAUGAUUAAAAUACGUGAAUUAGAAGAAAAAUUGCAAUAUUUAUUAUCAUUUGAGGUUCCUAAUAUAUCAUUAGAACAAUAUUCGACUAGUUCACACAUCGCCUCGCGGAUAUUAUAUGUUGCACAAACACAGUACGCAGAUAUCACUAAUCAGUACGUGGCGGAUUUAGGUACAGGAUGUGGAAUUUUAUCCGUAGGUUCUUCCAUUUUAGGAGCCGCAAGCGUUAUUGGUUUUGAUAUAGAUAUGCACGCAUUACAAAUUCGAGCAGAUAAUUAUGCAAGUUUGGGCUUAUUUUCUGAAGCUGUUUGUUGCGAUGUUCUUCGAUUAUCACCAGGAACUUUUGAUAGAUUUUUUGAUACUGUUAUAAUGAAUCCACCAUUUGGUACAAAACAUAAUGCUGGUAGUGACAUGAAAUUUCUAGAAAUAGCUUCAAAAUUAUCACAAGGUGUCAUCUAUUCACUUCAUAAAACCAGUACUCGUAGACAUAUUAUUCGAAAAAGUGCACAACUUGGAAUGGAAUGUGAUGUAUUAGCAGAACUAAAGUUUGAUAUACCACUUAUUUAUAAAUUUCAUAAAAAAAAAUCUACAAAUGUAGCAGUAGAUUUCAUAAGAUUUUGUCAUAAAUGAUAAAUCUACGUAUUUUAAAUUAAUUCAGAAUAUAAAAAUAAAGGAAGGAUGAUUAUAAGAAAAGUUAGAUGUUUGGAUGCCCGAUGUUCAUAAGGUUCCAAAACAACUGCUAUUUGAAAAUUGUACCGUUACUAAGAAUGUCUAAUUUCUUCAAAUUCAAGUGACAAUAAAGGUCUACUAAAUUUUUGUGAUUUAUUAUACAAGAAGAUAAUUUCAUUAAUGUAAAUAUUCAAAAUCAAAAUUUGUAUGUAAUUUAUAAUUAAUA